GAUAUCACUAACUGAAAUUCCAAGAAGCUCUCUUAAGGAUGCUGCGAAACCAAUCGCCUCUCGCUCGCACACACGCUCGCUCGUUCGCUCGCUCUCUCGCUUUCUCGCACGGUGGCGAGGCUCUCUCGCAGUGUGGCCCUCAAACGCGCGUGGAGUCGGCGGCUCGUGUGUGGUUGCUCCAGUAUUAGUGCGUAAGGUUACGCUCAAUCGCACCAUCGAAGUGAAAACUGAAGGAAGCGCACACCCAUCAUAAAUGCGCAAGAGCUUGAAGCGGCCGGUGAUUGUAUAGAAGCGCAGUUAAAAGUUCUCCGGCGGUGCAGUUCCAGUGCUUUGUGGUUAGAAAAUAGCAUUGUGUGGUGAAGGGAUUCAAAAUACAACAACAGGAUGAGCCAAGCAGCUGAAGGGAGUGAUACCGGUAACGGUGUACCAUCGUCACCGAUAGCCAGAAGUGUGGCCGAGUCCAGCGCAACCCCUUGGCGUCCGAUGACGUUUCCGGACUUGCGUGGGUUCCCCGCCGCACAGCAGCUGUACGGUUUGCCGGUUCCGAUCGAUUUGAGCUUCCUACGCUCACCUGUCAGCAGUGAUGAGGGGGCAUCGGGACAGCCGUGGCAGCAGCAGCAGCAGCAUGCCGACUUACCGUCCCAGAACAGGAUGAGCCAAGCAGCUGAAGGGAGUGAUACCGGUAACGGUGUACCAUCGUCACCGAUAGCCAGAAGUGUGGCCGAGUCCAGCGCAACCCCUUGGCGUCCGAUGACGUUUCCGGACUUGCGUGGGUUCCCCGCCGCACAGCAGCUGUACGGUUUGCCGGUUCCGAUCGAUUUGAGCUUCCUACGCUCACCUGUCAGCAGUGAUGAGGGGGCAUCGGGACAGCCGUGGCAGCAGCAGCAGCAGCAUGCCGACUUACCGUCCCAGAACAGGAUGAGCCAAGCAGCUGAAGGGAGUGAUACCGGUAACGGUGUACCAUCGUCACCGAUAGCCAGAAGUGUGGCCGAGUCCAGCGCAACCCCUUGGCGUCCGAUGACGUUUCCGGACUUGCGUGGGUUCCCCGCCGCACAGCAGCUGUACGGUUUGCCGGUUCCGAUCGAUUUGAGCUUCCCACGCUCACCUGUCAGCAGUGAUGAGGGGGCAUCGGGACAGCCGUGGCAGCAGCAGCAGCAGCAUGCCGACUUACCGUCCCAGAACAGGAUGAGCCAAGCAGCUGAAGGGAGUGAUACCGGUAACGGUGUACCAUCGUCACCGAUAGCCAGAAGUGUGGCCGAGUCCAGCGCAACCCCUUGGCGUCCGAUGACGUUUCCGGACUUGCGUGGGUUCCCCGCCGCACAGCAGCUGUACGGUUUGCCGGUUCCGAUCGAUUUGAGCUUCCUACGCUCACCUGUCAGCAGUGAUGAGGGGGCAUCGGGACAGCCGUGGCAGCAGCAGCAGCAGCAUGCCGACUUACCGUCCCAGGUAAUUACACCUCGGGAGGACGAGCUGGUGGAAGCCGAUGUCAGUGGUGCUCCAGUGGCUCCAAUGAGAAUUAAAUCCGCUGGGCUGGUCCCGAGAGCUAGUGGCGCCGUAGCGGUAGUGGAACCGUAUCAACACGAGACCGGGUCUGAUGAUGAAGCAAACGAACAAGACUCGUCGGAAUUGGACGACGUUAUGAUUCCCGCAUGUCCAACUGCUAUUAGCGCACCGAUAUUUUUGCAACCCGAAAAUGAGGAAGCAAAUAUGACAGCAUUCAAUGGUGCUGCAUCGAUUGCUAACCCGUGCUGGCCACCGCUGCAUGAGCAUACGGAACAGCCCGACCAGCAACUAUCCGUCGAUGUUCCAAUCAUAGUUAAACUAAUCGGUAGAGCAGGAUCGUACGGUUCACUGUACGCGAUUUGGUACGCUCAAUUGGGAAGCCACGAUAUCAUGGAGCGUAUCCCGGAUUGCGUCAUAUUUGCCCCAGAGCUGCCACCGGAUCACCAGGGACCCCCACCGAUACUUACAUCGCUUUUGCUGCAACGCAGAAUGUCGACUGGCGAGCUGGUGACGGUUCCGUAUGGCCCGAAGCAGAUGCCUGGCCAUUCGAUUGAAUAGGAUGUGCCCACGAAAACGGUGCAGCUAUCGGUAAACCAAACCUACCCUUGUUUGUACCCUUAUUGGAGAAAGUGGACCAAUUUUGAGGAUUAAUUUUACUUUAAUACAAUGUAUUUUGGUAAAAAAUCAUUUAAACGUUAAACAUUUGUAUGACUACAUUUUGUACUAAUAUUUGAAGUCAAUAAAGAAAACAAUAUUUUUGAAGAGUUCAUACCGCAUAACAAAGACAUGAUAUAUGUUUCCUUUAUUCCUUCGGCAUACUCUCCCUAAAUGGUCGACUGUUUGCAUUAAACCACGUGCCGUCUUCAGUAUUAUACAAGCUUUUAUUCAUUGAACAUUGGAUUCAUUCCUGCGUAUUAAUGUGUAAUGAGUUCGA